AUGUCCGCGUACCCGCGCCCCGCGCACCCGUACGGCGCGUCCGCCGCGGGACUGACGUCGCGCCCCAACGCCUCGACCUCGGGCGGGGAGUUUCACGUGCACGUGGGCGCGGCGAGCGCGAUGGAUCUGGACGACGAAGUCGCGGGACUGCGAGGCAAGGUGAAGAUGCUGAAACAAAUGUCGAAUCAAAUCGGUGAAGAAGCGUCCGUUCGCGGGUCGUUGAUCGACGCGCUGAGCGUGGACUUCAGCUCGAGCGACGCGGCGAUGAAAGACGUGCGGAGGAAGGUGGAACACGCGUUUAAACAGGCGAAGAGCGGACAUUUGAUGGCGCUGAUGUUCUUCGCGCUGUGCGCGUUCUUCGGAAUGUUCGUCUUCGUCAAGUUUAGCAAGGUGAUCUCGUACCUGGUGCCGCGCGGGACGGGACAGAGCGUGCGGCAUCACUGA